UUUAAUGCUGCUCUAAAUGAUUUGCCGAUUCACCGUAAGAGAAAAUGCUAAAACAAGUGAAAGUGCUGGACUAAUUUUACAAAUAAACCCUAAAUUAAAAGUUCACGCGGAAUGGCAGGAUAUGCAGUGGGGUACACGUCUCACCUAUAUCCCCACAACAGAUUUAACAGACAUGUAAACUGUUUUAAUAUGUAAACUGACUCGUGUAUAACCCCUCACAUUCAAUGUGUGCACUAAAAUAUGUUUAUUUUGGCGUAAUCAAACAUUAUAAACGAGGAUCUUAAGAUAAACAACCGGUGUCAUAUUAAUCCGCGAGACACUCGGCGGUUUCAUCCUCUGAGAGCAAUUAGUCCUCCGGUUCACAACAUUAUUUGACAAAACACUUAAAAGAUUAAGUGAGAUGUUCGAUAUUCAUGUUCUCUAAAUAGAACAUCACUUUCAAAAAUAAAUAGUGAUACAUUAUAAAACAGAUUAAGAAUCUCUCCCUCUCGUCUUUUUCCCGUGACGGAUAAAUGAGUUCCGGCCAGCUUUGAGGACAGGAAGCGAGGAGACGCUGAUGGCGCCCGACUAGAAACCAUUACCAACUAUUCGCUUUCAAAGGUCUAUUUUAUUUCGCCUCAUUCGCGAGCGUGAAGAGCAAAAUACUCGUCCAUUCAAGAGCAGAGAUGGACUCUGAGGAGAUGGAGGUGGAGAGCAGCAGUGAUGUGGGGCAUUCUGGGAUGGAGGAGCCAUCAGAGAGCGGCAUGGGCAUGGAGUCUUCAGAAGCCAUGUCUGCCGAUAGCAGCGAUGCGGCGGCCCCAGAAUCAGACUGUCACGUAGGACAGAGCUCUGAGGGACUUGUGGUUUUUAUCCCAGAGACAAGCUCCAGUACAGAUGUGCGAAGAGUUCAUCUCCCAGACUCCUCUUCUGUCGCGCAGUCAACCAGUGUGUCCAGCGUCUCCACAGUGACACAGUCGGUCCUGGUGUCAGAGUCUGUCCAGGUCCUGGUCCACUCCAGCGCUGUUUCUGAAGGAGGAAUGAUGGUUUCUGAUUCCACUGCUUCCACGUCCUCAGAUCUCGGCUCAGCUAUCGACAAGAUCAUCGAAUCCACCAUUGGGCCUGACAUUAUGAAUGGAUGUAUUGCAGUUACGAGUGCAGAGGAUGGCAGUGCAGAGACCACACAGUAUCUGAUACUUCAAGGUCCUGAUGAUGGAGCUCCUAUGGUGGCUCAGAUGUCUUCCUCUGCUCUGUCAAGCCGCAUUGCCAUUGAAGCCCUUGCCGAUGGACCUACCUCCACUUGCCUGGACCAGGCAGACCUGUCAGAAAACCCACAGGGCAGCGUGGAACCAGACCAGCCUGGACACUCCGGAUACCGUGAGCAUGACGAUGGCAGCAGCAGCUGCAGCCACCCAGACCAGCCGCAGCACUCCCAGUACAUAGAGUGCAGUGGAGGAGACGACCUGGACCAGACCAGAGAGGCUCGGUACAUCGAGUGCUCAGGAACCGAACCAGACCAGACCCCACAUCAUUCAGGGGUCACCAACUACAACGUGGCAGACUCAGAAGGACCUCUAGGGCGUUACGCAGCAGAGUGCAGCGGUACGAACAGUAGUCCUCAGAGAUGCUCGUUUCGCUCCUCCCGGUACAUCGUAGAGUGCAGUGAUGGCUACUUGGAUUACGGUGCUGAGGGUGCGGAGCGGCCGCAGCAUUCACGUUAUAUAGACAGCAGCAUGGAUGACAGGGAACACGUCUCGGCAUCAGAGCAGGAAGGAAGUGUGGUAGAAGAUGCCCAGCACUCCUACUUACCACAGGGCUCACUAUAUGCCGACGAGGGUGCCGUUCAGCACUCACUGGCUGACACAGUGGGAUCCCAGCUCACUGAUCAAAUGGACUGCAAUGAUAACUUGCCUGGCUCAUACAUAAGUAGCAGUGGGACCUAUUCCACCCACCCAGAGUCUGGGGUGGUGGAUGAGCCUGGGCACAGAACCCCAGAUAUGGCUGAGCUAGAGGAAAUGAUGGAGGUGGUGAUCGUACAGCAGUUUAAGUGUAAGAUGUGCCCAUAUAAAAGUGUCUCCAAGGAUACGCUCAUCAACCACAUGAGAGACAAACACUUUAAACCACCAGGUGGUCCAGGCCAAAAGAAACGUGGACGGGGACGUCCUCGAAAAUCUGAGGGCAGGGUCAAGAAGGAGGAGCCACCAGAAGAGGAAGAAGAUGACAUAAUUGAUGCAGGCGCUCUUGAUGAUCAAGGUGACAGUGAUUAUAAGCCAGCUGAUGAAGAGGCCAGGUCCAGAUUGGCUUCCAGUCACAGCACUCCUCCUCCUUCCUGCUCUUCAUCAUCUUCCUCUACCUCACGGAAACGGCCCCGCAGGACGGUGGGGCCACCCCGCAAAUUCCUUCCUGACUCAGAGUCACCAGCAGCAACUCAAACAAGCAAUGCAGGGGACCCUCAAGCUCCUGAAGAAGCAAGUUCCUCUGGAUUGGAGAAUGGAUCUUCCUCACUAUCCAACGGGUCAGCAGUGGAACCAGCCGUCAGCCAGUCAGAUUCAGAAAACAAAGAUCCCUCAUCAAACACAGGCCCUGACGACCUGGAGUUUUUGCCCAAAAAAAGAGGCAGACCUUCUAAACGAUUCCUUCAAAAGAAGUACAAAAAGUACAUGAAUCGCAACAAGUACUACAGAUCCCUUAAGCCUCUGCUAAGACCUCAUAAUUGCUGGAUCUGUGGCUCUCGCUUUCUGUCACAAGAGGAUCUCAGAUUCCAUGUGGAUUCUCAUGAGGGAAAUGACCCUGAACGCUUUAAGUGCCUGCAGUGCAGCUACCGCUGCAAACGGUGGUCCUCACUAAAGGAGCACAUGUUCAAUCAUGAAGGUACAAAACCAUACAAAUGUGAGACGUGUGAUUACUCCAGUGUUUAUAAGAAAGACGUGAUCCGGCACUCAGCUGUUCACAACAAAAGCAAGAGUCGAAAGACAGAUAUGUCUUGCAUCAAUCCUUCCCAGGUUCCCAAAGUGUCCGAGUUUCCAUGCCCCAUCUGCUGUCGCGUAUAUCCCAUGCAGAAACGCCUGACGCAGCACAUGAAGACACACAGCAAAGAGAAACCUCACAUGUGUGACAAGUGUGGGAAAUCCUUCAAGAAGCGCUACACUUUCAAAAUUCAUCUUCUCACGCACAUCCAGAACUGUGGCAACAGCACGUUUAAGUGUGAUUUUUGUGAGUACACCUGCAAUGACAAGAAGCACCUGCUUAAUCACCAGCUGUCCCACACCAACGACAAACCGUUCAAAUGCGAAGAGUGCAAAUACUCCACGAGUAAAGAGGAUUUCCUGGUGUCCCACAUUGCCAUUAAACACACUGGUGAAAAGCCCUUCUCAUGCGACAUGUGCCACUUCACGACCAGACACAGGAAGAACCUGCGGCUGCAUGUGCAGUGUCGCCACCCCGAGGCCUUCGAUGAGUGGAGCCGAUCCCACCCAGAGGAGCCAAUUCGCCGGCGCCAGAUGUCUGUUUUCACCGUGCAGCAGAUUGAGGAACUGAGAUCACAGCAUGAAACCCAUGAAUUUCAAGGGACCAUUGUAACAGUGGACCCCAUUACUCUCCAAACCAUGGAGUCCAUAAGGAAAACAUCUGUAUCUCAAGAUGCACUGGGAAACACUACCAUCAUUUAUGAGCAAGCCCAGACUACAGACCUCUCAGCUCAAAAUGCUCUAGAUCUGCUGCUGAACAUGAGUAACGCUAGAGAACUGCAGGUGGCAGUGUUGAAACCAGAUGGUAAGACCCUGGAGACGGGGUCAUGGACCAGAGCUGACUCUGGGAGUGAGGGCUCAUCCUUGCAGCCUCAAAAGAUUGUCACAUUCCAUGUGUCAGAGAACGGGGACACUCUGGUGCAGGAGGCGUUUGAGACAGCUACAGGGACCGUGGAGCAAGAGGAGACAACGGAUGUGUCGCAAGAGGUGACACAGAUUGGCAUCGGUAUAUACGAGGGAGCAGAUUUCAGUGUGGUGGAGCAGGCCUCCGAAGAGACCGCACACAGCAGUUUAGAGGAACCCUCAGCAGAGCCUCAGGUCAUGGAAGUGAGCACUGAGCCCUUGUCCAUCUCUACGCCUCUCAAAGAGAAUAAAGAGAGGUUUUAUUUGAGUUCAGGCUUGACAGAUGGAGUUCUACAGCAGGUAGAGCUAAGCAGUGAAACUCCAGGUUCCCCUCCUCUGUGUCCAUCACCCCCUUCUCAACAGCUCAACACCAAACGCUUCUCCUGCCGCAUCUGCAUGGAGGCUUUCCACGGCCGCUCGGACAUGGAGAACCACAAGAGGGCGCACAUAGACCCCAAAACAUUCAAAUGCCCCGACUGUGACUUUACAGCACCUUCUUGGCCAGAAGUCAAGUCUCACAUGGCCAUGCAUGCAUAUUUGAGGCCUCAUAAAUGUGUCCAGUAUAUCAUCUCUCAGGAUGGAGUUCAGCAUCUGCUCCCACGGGAAUAUGUGGUGCUAUCUGAAGGAAACCACAUUCAGAUGGAGGAUGGGCGGAUCGCUCACAUUCAGUAUGAGCAUGACGGGACGUUUCUGCAGGAGCAACAGAUUGCUCUGUCUCAGGAUGGACAGAUCCAGUACGUCCCCAUCACUGCCGAGCAGCAGGUUGUCGCCCCUGAGGACCUGGAGGCAGCCGCCCAUUCUGCUGUCACUGCUGUUGCAGAUGCAGCCAUGGCUCAGGCUCAGACGGUUUACACCGAGGCCACACCUGAACAACUGGAGCAGCUGCAGCAGCAGGGCAUCCAGUAUGACGUCAUCACUUUUACUGAGGAGUAGAAACAAGACACACACACACACACACACACAGAUCAUCUCAGGCUUGUCUCAGAUGACUGCAGUGGACACUGCAAACUCUGACGAUCACAAGUAACAGUUGUCUUCUUCCUGAGUUAUUCAGUAAGAGGGUGAAUGUAGUUAGAUCCUCUCUGAAAAUUAUACGACUCAUGCCUUUGUAAAUAUUUAAAGCAAUUUAUCUUUGUGUGCCUACUGUGUUUUGCCUUGUAAAGAAAAAGAAACACAAAAGCCAAGAGCUGCCUGUAUAGAAAAUCCCUGUAUUUAAUUCUACGUGUCGCUGUGAUGUACUACGAUGGAUGCUACUUCAGUGAGUGUGUAAACAGUAGACUGGAGGAUUGAUGUCACAUUGUUAUGAAACCGUUCUUAGCUGUAGCUGAAGUGCUGUGUAAAGGAGGGUUGAUUAUUUGUUUUCAUUUUACGUGAAACGUACCGUUUCAUCAUUAGCUUCUUAAGUUUUAGAGAUUUGUUUUUCUUUCAGAUGGCUACAGAAAUGAACUUAAAAUGCAUACCAAAUAAAU